UGCGAACUGAAAAUACAAUACGUCCGGGAGUUUGGUCUCCCUGAGCUACGUCUCCCACUCAGCGCCACCGCUUUAAACCGUCUCUCUCAUUGUCCGCUUACCUUCUGUUUGCCUCGCGAUUGCCGUCCUAAUGCAAAACCAAAACCUGGAGUUUUCUCAUCGUUUCAGUCUUCUUCGUGGCUGCACGCAGCUGACCACCGAGCCGGCUGCCAACGACUGCCCUAUUUUCGUCAUUUGCACUUGCCGAAACCCUUUCAGCUCUGUGCCACAAGUCUUACUGCCAUUCGCUUCUUUCCACUUGCUAAAUUGUUCCUGCUUCUGAAUGUACGUCGUGUGCUGUCUGUGUGAGCCGCUUCCGUCGCUGCCCUCACCAGAACUGUCCUGCUGGCUUCGUGAGUUUUUGUCUUGACUGUCCUGAAGGUUGUCUCGUCGUUUUCUUCCUCCUUCAGGCUAGUUACAAUUUUUUCCCGUCGUCGUCCUUGCUACUGGUCCCUGGCUUUCUCACUCGCUACCGCGCUACCCUCCUCGAGCGCUCCACCAAAGCCCCUGCCGUAACCGUGUUUUUCCUGUCCGUGUGUCCUUGAACAUUCUGAGCUGUCCGAACACUUUUUUGCCCUCUCCUUCACACCAAUUUUCUCCUUUUCACUGCUCCCCUCGCUACGAUGUCGUCUGUCGUAGCGCAGCCGCUGCUGCAAGGCAGUAGUGCGAACUCUUCGGAUGCCGCACCCGCCUCAGCGCACAGCACUGCCGGAUACAGCGCGAGCUACGUUUCCCUUAGUUCUGCCCCACCUCCGGGAUCCGCUGGACCUCUUGACCCACGCUUUUUCUCGCGAAUGGUUCCUGCAGAUGCGAACAAGGGUGCCCCUGCUUUCUCCGGUGUGGCCGUCGACACCCGAUGCGCUCAGGUCACGCAAAACGGCGAGGAACCCGCAGCGAACAAAGCCGCUCCCAACAAGCUGAACGAGCCGGACAUGUUUUCUGGAACUCAGGCCACCCCUAUUGGCGCGUUUGAGGCGCUCUUCGCCGAAGCCGCUCGGCGCCGCCAGCCAGAGCAGUUCAUGGGACUCGUCCGUCAGCUGAUUCUCGUUUCUGGAGCUAAAACAGCCGCCGCGGCAACUUCUGUUUUAACGGAGCUCACCGUUCUCCACCACGCGUGUUUCCUCGGUGACGUCUCUGUCGUCAAACAACUCAUUUCUGAGUACCACAUGGACCCUGAGGCGCGGCAUCCUCUGAAUGACGACACACCGAUCUUCUUCGCCGCGAGAAACGCACAUUUCGAAGUUGUCCGUUUCCUCGUGAACCUUGUCGGUCCCCAGUGCCUCGCUGCUCAGUCGCGAACGUGCAUGACGCCUUUUCUGGCCACCGCGUCCUCCACCCACGAUGAACGACCUCACGAACUCCUCAAGAUUCUGGAGUUCAUGUACCUUCAUGGUGUCUCUCUGGAGGAGCAGAACUCGAUGGGAUACACGGCCCUCUUCUUAGCUGCCAAGCAUGGAAAUCCUAACAUCGUGCAGUGGCUCGUGGCGAGGGGUGCGAGCAUGAAUCACCGAGAUCACACCGGGGGUACGGUGUUGCACGCAGCGGUGGCGAAGACGGGCGGGUUCUCUGCCGAGGACGAUCCCCUGCAGUUUCUCUGUGAGCACGGCGCAGUGAAGCUGAUCGACACGCGCGCAGACAUCGGCAUUCAGUUUGAAACAAUGCGCGAUCGGCCGUGGACUGGUUCCGGUAGGAAGUGUCCCGGAAUGACAGUGUUGCAACGUUGUCUCCUGAAGAGACAGUGGUUCUCGUACUUGCUGUUGCUGAGCUGGCGGCUGCAGUACCAGCUCUUUGGCUACACUCGCGCACUCCGCAGCAGCUAUGCGAGCCUCUACUGGACCAUCACGCUCUGCAACUUGCCUCUGUUCUUCAACGCCUUCUGUCAACUGCACGCGCUCGACCUCGCCUCCUGGGACCUGGGGGCACUGUGGAUCUUCCUGUGGGGCCUCACCCAGCUGUUCUGGUGGAAAACGUACUCUGGAGACGCCGGAAUUGCACCGGGCAGCAAAGACCUCAUCAAAGACCAAUACGAAUCGAUUCAUCCAGUCAUGACUCCGAACAUCCUCGACCAGAUUCCACCUCCAUCCACCCUCUCGGCAGUCGGACCCAACCACUACCGCCUUCUCCAACUCGAAAGAGAGCAGCUUCGGCUGAACUUGGAGCUGCAGGAGCUGCGUCGAACGCCUCUGCCUUUUCAGACCCACGAAGGUCUGGCGACUGCAGAGCUCGUAGCAGGGCGAGAAGAAGACACGCGCAUCCUCGUUACGGCGCUCAAAUCUCUCCGAGGAGAAGUCCUGGCUCUCAUGUCUGGUGUGGCAAAUGAGAGACGAAAACGUGUGUCUCACGAAUACCUCGAAACGCUUCUGAAUGGACCGCCAACCCUGAAAGGUGUCUGUGUCACUUGUGCCAUCACAAAGACGCCUCGCAUCCACCACUGCGCAGACUGUGGCCACUGCCUCGAGCGCCAAGACCACCACUGCGUCUGGGUGGACACCUGCAUUGCGCGGAACAACUUCCAGCCUUUUUGGUUCUUUCUGCUCUGCUUGACGUGCUUGCUCGUGUGUCACGAGCAGUUGCUUCUUCGCUACUGUGCCCACCUUUUCCUGCAUUUCAACCAGCUGCUCUGGAUGGCGGCUUCUGUGGGAGCGGGCAUGUUGAACUUCAUGGCUCUCGUCUUCGUCGUGUACCUUCUCGUUCGAACGACUCGAGUCAUGUUCACCAACGUCACAUAUUACGAGUUCCUUAAAAAACCCGAGCAUAUCCGCCGCCGUUUCAUGGACCGAACCAGCGGAUGGCUGUGGGACUUCCGCGGCCUGUCGUUUGUUGCCAUGAUCAGGAACGCCAUUUUGUUUUGGCGUAACUCGGACUUGCUGGACGAGGAGUACACACGCCCCGUGGGCGGGAGCGUUUCCGGGCCUCUUCCGCGGUUACCUCGGCCUUCCUCAGGCUCUUACCUGCCGCUCGCCUCCUCGACCGCGACGGCGAUCCGCGACGGGAAUCUGGAGGCAUCUCUGUUAAACAAACACCAGCCUCAGUUGCUCGAGCGCAACUCGAAGGCUCCUUCCUUCUACGUAGACCCAGCGAAGUUCCCUCUAGCCUCCUCAUCUGUCCCAGGAACGCCUCUCGCCGAGCGCACGACGAUGGCCCCUCCCUCGCGCGUGCCCUCUGCUGUGUACUUCCCUUCGCAUGCGUCGACCGCUCCCGCUGCUGGUCCCCAACAGGGCUACCAGAUGCUCCCGUCGCAGCCACUGUACAUGACUUCCGACGCAUCCACGGCGACCUCCCAUCCGGGCGGGUACGCGCCGAACAUGCACUUUGUCUCGCCGGUGAACUCAACCAAGACGCCUCCUUCUCCGGCAGAAUUUUCGGGUUCGACUUCUUUGAAGCCCAGAGAGCAGCUGCCGCUGCACGUGUACCAAGGGGAUGUUCAGGAUUUCUCGGACCUAAAGGCGAGUAAUGGGCAGCAGUUCUUCUCGUACCCAAUCUCCGCAGCCACCCAGGCGGUGUAUGUACAGAGUGCUGCCGGCAACGGUGCCUUCUAGGUCAGCCCGACGAUGUGGGUAAGAUGGUUUUCGAGUUUAGUUUUAAAGGGGGGAGAAGAGAAGCACGAACAGGGAAGUCACAGAGAAUGCAAACACCUGCGUCGUUACCUCAUCUAAUCUACGAGCCCUGUUUCCUUGAGACGGAUAAGUGGUUUUCGUUGGCGGACACAAACGCCGUAUGGAGCGGCGAAGCGUGCAGGUUUUGGGAAAGGAAGCAGGUCAAUACAGUAGGCAUUUACGCUUUCUCAUCUGCUGUUUUUUGUUUUCGUUUUGGAAGAGUAAAUGACACAACUGUGGGGAGGAGAAACGCUACGCGCCUAUUUCAUCGCCGACAAAAACGCACGAUGAGCUUUAGACAUCUUUCGUGACCAACCGUCGCGGUCUCUGUGUGCCUGCCUAAGCUCGUCUAAAGUGGGGUGGACAUGCGUUGCUUGAAUGGCAUUCUGUGUCAGGAGUUUUCUCCUCACGGUCGCCAACGCCGCAUUUUACGUAAAUUUUUCGAACUUUCUGGUCCUCCGUGCUCCGGUACCCCCACCCCUCCAAGUGAAUACAACAUGAAGAGAUUCCAAAAACAAAGAGGGCGAGACCGAACAAGGGCACACGCCGCCCCGCAUUCGGGACGGGCACCUUCGUAGUUGAAGCCAUGCCUUUCUGUGUUUCUUACCAUAAAAUGUGGUAAACAACUUGCGGUUCGUUUCUUCCGGCGCAAGAUGUCCCAGCUGUGAGUAUUUCACUUUGUUGCCGUCUCAAGGUGGCUGCGUGCACACUAAGUUUUUUCCCCUUUGUUGUCUCCCUCGUCAAACCGAGGGGGAGUUGUCCUUGGCAUCUGUGCUACUUCUUGCCUCUUGCGCUUUUCGGGGAAAAGUCAGAUCUGCUGUCCGUUUCAUGUUGCAUUACCCUGUGUGACACGCACGCUUCUCAGGCUAGGGAUGACAAGUGUGCUGGCAAAGAUCUUUCACUUUACCCUUUUCUGAUGUUUGAAAAAUCAUUCCCCCCGGCUGGGGUUUUCAUCGGCA